UUUUAAAAACGUCUUCAGGGCGGGCGGAGCUAAGAGAGAGACGCAGCCUGUGAUUAGAGCAGCGUCGUGAACGCCAUCUGUUCUGCUCUUGCUUCCGUGAAACCAGACCCCAGUUUUAAAGAGCAGACAAACAUGGUGACCAAGAGGAUCCACUCGGAGUACAUGAAGAAAUUCAAAGACCCCAAAUGGGAGACCUACGCGAAGUGUUACGAGGAGAUGCUGAAGUACAGGCUGACCCGCAGGCUGCUGGAGCACACACACAACCCCUGGUUCUGGAGCGGCUCCGACACGGACUCGGACUCCGGAGGCAGAAGUCCCCUUCCCCCCAGUAAGAACCAGGUGCGGGCCGAGGCCAGCAGAGACAGGACGGAGUGUGAGGGGCCGAGGGUGGACAGAGCCACAGAGACUGUACCCAGACUGCCCCUUCAAGAAGAGGAGGAGGAGGAGGAGGAGGGGGAGGUCCAACAGCCUGCAGUUUUGGGCUCACAGGCUGAAGGAGCCAGAGAGACAAGAGCACCAGAGGAGCAGAGAGAGGAGGAGCGGAGAGCCAGCAGCAGAGGAGCAGACAGAGACAUUGGUGGACCACAGCAGACUAAACCCAAGAGUAAAUCCAAAUCCUCAAAACAAACUUGGCGCUCCCAGCGGGUCCGACCUGCACCAGCACGGCAGCCCACGGAGGACAGCAGACAUCCUUUUGCUCUGUACGGUUCAGGAGAGAAGGAUGCAGACAUCGCAGGCAGGAAGACACACAAUGUCGGCCCUGCAGCUUCGACCAGUGAGAUCCAUGAGUCAGCUCUACGUGCCAAGACCAGACGGGAGGUGGAGCGUCAGAUUCAGACCCAGAGGACCGAUCGCCGCAGAGCCAAAUCUGCUGAUAUGGACAAGACCAGGAAGUUGGUUCAACCAGAAUUCAACCCCUGGCUGACUGAGUACAUGCGCUGCUUCUCUGCUCGCUCACGAUAGGACACACACAUACACACACACAGCAAAAAUACUUAGAUCAGGGUGAUUCCAGACUAAAAUGAAUUCAUUAUCAUGAAGCUUAAAUACCCAUAGAUGUGGAAGAGAAAAUGGGUCUCUACUGGUGUAUUACUCUCACAUUCAGGAUAUAAACAUUGAAACUCACAGUGUGGCUUAACGUUUUUUUUUUUGUUGUUGCUAUAAAUCAGUUUUAAUAUAUACAAUAAGAAACAUUUAACAGGGUUGACGUGACUGUAGAAAGUAACAAUUUGAAAGUAAAUUUAUAAUAAUAGAUAUGUCUAGUGUAUACAGGUAUUUUGACGUGAAUGUUGAGUCUAAAAUGCAGCCAUACUUUGAUACAGUCCCUUUAAACACCAGCUCACACAAGGCACAAAGCGUGUCUGAAUAGAUUCAGAUCUGUUCGUCUUCUUCUGAGAUCAAUGCGAGCCCAUGAACAUGAAGAACGUAGAAGUACUGAUUGACACACAGUAAUACUGUUCUUGUACAUUUUAUGGUUUAUCGAAUGAUCCGAUCUGACUUGGUUCAGAGUAAAUAGUGACUCACAGCUGUGUGAUCAUGGCGAGUUCAUUAACACCUUUACGUGUUAUUGACUCAAAAGGACCAGUGUGUGGGAUUUAGUGGCAUCUAGCGGUCUAGUUGCUCAUUACAAUUCUGUCGCCUCAACCUCUCCUUCUAAGCGUGACUGUGUUGGCCACAAAAUGCACAAAAAAAUGUGAAAUCUUGAGCAGGUGUUUAGUCAGACCGAGUGGAUUGGUUUGUGUUCUGGGCUGCUGUAGAAACAUGGCAGACUCUCUGAAGAGGACCCACAGCGUCUGUAGACAUGAAAGGCUCUUUAUCAUGUAACAAAAACAUAAUGACUGUUAUUUUCAGAUGAUUAUAAAGUAAUGAAGACAUUGUUAUGAAUAUUAUAUUCAAUUUCUGCCAUAUUCUGGGAAUAGAGCGCCCUAAAUCUGACACACUGGACCUUUUAAAUAGUUUCAUCUCACCAUUUGUGUUUGUUGUUUUAAUGUCUGUGUACAGUGAUCGCAGUGUGAAAAUGGAAGUAUGUGAGUUUUAAAGCCAUCAGAUGACUGUGAGCAGUGUUGUCAUGAUAAUAAUGAAUGUUUUAAAAAAGUCAGUGAAACAGUCAAAGGUUUAUUGUUCUAUAACAAGAAUGGGCACCAAGCUGAUCACUGAACUACCUUUUAGUUAGACAUACAUGAUGAAUACAUAUUGUUGAGUUACUGCUCACUGGUUAAAGCAGCAUGACCAAAUCAAGCAGCACUUUGAGAGUGACGUUUCUAACAUAAUAUUUGUACAGGUAAUAUUUGCUAACCAUUUAGGUUCUCGUGUAAUUCAUUCAUCUGUUGAAUUUCUGUGUAUUUGUUCAUAUGUACUGAACAUACAGACAAAGUUAUCUGUAUUCAUACAACACACAAGAAGACAAAAAUGGACUUUGAAUCCUCCGUGUAAAGGAUCCGGUCUUUUCAUCAUGAAAACCACGAGAAAAAAUCAGAUCCUUGUGCGUCAUGAUAAAAUCAGCUCUGUGCCAACAGGACUUGAGGAUAAAAAUAUAAUUAUUGAUGUGAAUGUUGUACAUAACAAAGAGGAUGGAACCACAGGAGGCAUGUGCUUUACAUUUGGACAUUUUUCUGUUUGAUGUUUUAUUGUUCAGUAUUACAUUAUUUGCUUUUACUAUGAUUUAGUUUUACAGUGUUUUUAAGUUAUGCUGCAAUACAGUUCCAGGAACAUGUGAAGUUUUGUGCAAUAUUACAAUAUUAUAUUACAAUAUUACUUCAAAAGUUUUGUUUUAGAUGUGGUAAACUUUGACAAUCUCUAAAAAAACAAGAUGGGGAAUUCCUAAUUAGUCAUUAGUUAGUUGAUGAGACCAAAUUUUAUAGAUAAGAGACUUUUUUAUAUUUUGGUGAGGUCGCGUUUUUCUAGUUUUACUUAGUUAUAUAGAGCAGAGACCUUUAGACCAGGAUAGUGUCAACCAAUAUUUAAUAAGCGGUAAUCAAGAAGAAAUUAUGACCAAAAAGACACCCAAAAAAGUGUUACCUGUUGGCUACAGCUUAGACUUCUCCUGUUACAAUCAAAGUGAUCUAAUUAACGGAUGAUAUGAGGGGUGUAACAGUUACACAAUAUGGUUUGUAUUUGUGGCUUUAAACAUAUUUUAUAGGGUUUAAAGGUAUAGACUGUGAAGGUUAAAUGGUGUGGUGCAAGUUUUUAAUAAAUCACUUUCCCACC